AUGAGGAUGCCUGUGCCCGCGCAGCGCCCCCUCUACCUCCUCCUGCUUCUGCUGAGUGCCGGAGGUGGGGGUUUCUCCUCCCCCCUUGAUCUGGAGCCCCCUGCUCCGGAGGUGGCUGCCCCGGCUGAGGCUGACCCCACCCAGGCCACUCCCCUGCCUGACCCCUGCGAGGGAUGGCCUUGUCUCAACGGAGGCGCCUGCUCGGCCCAACCCUCCGACCCGGAGACAGAGGACACUCUGCCCAACACCUGGGCUUACAGCUGCACCUGCACCUCCGGUUUCACCGGACGCAACUGUGAGUUUUUCACAGACCCCUGUGCCAGCAGCCCCUGUUUCCAUGGCAACUGUAGCCGCAGUGGUGAGGGCGAGGCUUACACCUGCGAGUGCAGCGAGGGGUACAAGGGGGAGAAGUGUGAGCAAGCCACCUUGGACCUGCUGCCUGUCUCCAAUUGGGACCCUGCCACACCCCCUGCCCCCGAACAGGCCACACCCGCCAUGCCCACAACCGCCCCUCAGCCCUCCCAGCCAACCAUGGUGUCCACUACAACGCAGGCCCCUCCCACGCUGCAGCCGUGGCAGCCUAAGGCUGGACAGAGACUCUUGGUGGUGCAGUGGGAGAAAGAACAGGUGACAGAGGGACUGCAUUGUGUGAGUCCUGAGCUGUGUGAGCUGACCUCUGGAACUCUGACUCUCACUCUAGAGGUGCCUGAGGAGACUGCCAUCAAGAUUGUGGUGAAUGUGAGUGGAGCUCCCGUCCUGUGGCGUGUUGACAAGGAUGGCUUCCAGCAUUCCUCCUUGUUGGAGGGGACCAUCAUGUGGUUCCAGCAGGUCUCAGAUGGACUGGUGGUCCCUGACCACUCCCUCCCCCUGGGACACAACUACUUCCUCAGUGUGUUGCGCAUGGGCGCCCCCAGUGGCUCGGAGGUCACCCUGCGUCUCAAUCUGACAGUGAAGGCCAGCAGCUGUGUGGAGCCUGGCAGCCGCUUCAGCGACCCACAAUGCUCUGGGAAGGGGAAGUGCAUCACUCAGCCCUCUGUGAGCACCUUCUUCUGUGAGUGUGAGGAUGGUUACUCUGGGAUAUUCUGUGAGGAGUUUGAUGCCUGCCACCUCAGGCUCUGCCAGAACUACGCCAUCUGUAGUGACUUGAGGCAGGGGGACGAGGGCCGUAACUUCACUUGUAUCUGCCCUCCAGGGUUCCAGGGUGAUCUUUGCCAGUUGCAGGUGGACCACUGCCUGUCUCAGCCCUGCAGGAACGGGGCUACCUGCUCCAGCAGCCUGGCUGGACCCAGGUGCUACUGCCCUGAGGGGUAUCAGGGCAGUAUGUGUGAACAGAGGGUGGACCCAUGUGCCUCCAGCCCCUGCCACAACAACGGGAGCUGCUUCCCUCAGGGUCCCGGCCUGGACUUUGGCUGCAGCUGUGCUGCCGGCUUCACCGGCCCAACCUGUGCCCAGCUGGUGGACUUCUGUGCCCUCAACCCAUGUGCCCAUGGGAUCUGCCGCAGUGUGGGCACCAGCUACAGGUGUCUGUGUGUCCCAGGGUACCAUGGUCUGUACUGUGAGGAGGAAUACAACGAGUGUCUGUCAGCCCCCUGCCAGAACUACGCUACCUGCAGAGACCUCAUCAACGCUUACGAAUGUGUCUGCACUCCCCAGUAUGAAGGCAGACACUGUGAGAUCUACAGGGAUCCUUGUCUGAAGGCUCACUGUCAGAACGGAGGACGCUGUGAUAGUGUGGGCCUCAAUGCCACCUGUGUCUGCCUUGCUGGUUACCUGGGGGAGGACUGUGAGGUUGAUGUCAACGAGUGUGAGAGCAACCCCUGUCAUCACGGUGGAACCUGCAUCGACCAAUCAAAUGCCUAUACCUGCCACUGCCCCCCAGGCUGGAUAGGGGCCAGCUGUGAGAUACACUUGCAGUGGAAGACGGCCCACCCCGAGGACACCCUGACCAACAUGCCACGUCACUCCCUCUACAUCAUCAUCGGUGCCCUGUGCGUGGCCUUCGUCCUCAUGCUCAUCAUCCUCAUCGUGGGCAUCUGCCGCAUCAGCCGCAUCGAGUACCAGGGCUCAUCUCGCCAUGCCUACCAGGAGUUUUACAACUGCCGCAGCAUCGACAGCGAGUUUAGCAACGCCAUCGCCUCCAUCCGCCAUGCCAGAUUUGGGAAGAAGUCCCGGCCGGCCAUGUACGACGCCGCACCCAUCACCUAUGAGGACUACAGCCCUGACGACAAGCCCCUGGUCACUUUGAUCAAAACAAAAGAUUUGUAG